GCCUCCCUCUCAUCCUCGUAACCCCUCAGCCAUGGCUUUACGCCAUGGCCUCUCCCUUCGGAAAUUCAAGCACACGGUCUGACUGAAGAAUUUCGUCUUGGAGCCAGCUUAGCAUUGCGUAUGGGUCUGUCUCAAAUGGAGGCUUCGCGGCUGCACCUGUGGCAUUGUAGACUGAGUCCGAGCAUGUCACAAUCUGAGCAUGUCAGAGUCUUUCUUGAAUUACCCGUUCCUGAACGUGAAUCUUUCAUCACAAUUUCGACUUCACGCGCCGUGCUUCUUUGUUCUGCCUUUCUUUGUCUAAAUCCCCGCCUCGAUUUCAUGCUCGAAUUACCAGGUUCCAGCAACAACAGCAUGGCUCCUAGUUAUUCUUAGCAUAUCAGCAUUGUAACAGUAAUUCCGGUGAGGAAGAUAUAUGGUUAUUCGUCAAACGAAGCAGCUUCGCUCGUCGCGUCAUGGAUCCCCCCGCUUCUUCCGGCGACCGUCGUGGUUACCACGCCAGUGGUUACCAUGCCAGUGGUUACCACGCCAGUGGUUACCACGCCAGCCAAUCCCCUUCCAGUCCAUCUCACGACAUCAGGCCAUUCCCUUUCAGUGUGUCUCCUGAUGACCUUCCUUACAGUCACAUGGCUGUACAAGAACGUCAGGACACCUACAGACAGACUCAAGGACCGAGCGACUUUCAUCCAGAGCACCUUAUUUGUCAAGAUUACGGGCCUUCCGCUUCGGCUUAUAACGCGUAUCAGCGUUACGGUGACUCGAGCUUACUGGGUAGGUCACGGCCUACCGGAUAUUGCGAUCAGAUGUACUCCUCCUCGACCCAGAUACGCACGACUCCUACGCACACAGCUUCGCCACCCGAUAGGUCGCGGCCUACUGCAUAUGGCGAUCAGAUGUACUCCUCCCCUACCCAGUUACAUGACAUAAUAUGCACGUCUCCGGAGAUUCAGCAGUCUGCUGCUUACUACUCUGACCCGAGGCGGUACUCUUUUGAGGCUUGCAAUGCAAACUCGCCUGAUAUCUAUCGCGAAUCGGCGCGAGCACCGCACCGUCCAUCGCGUUCCGGAGAAAGGAGAUCCGACGGUCGACCGUUGGCCGAUUCCAUGCCCAUUCCCCCUUCCGCGUUUUCUUCCGACGGCGUCGUUUCCUCCCAGCGACAGCUGUCCGACUCAUCACCCGCGUAUUUCAGCGCCGCCGGUGGUUCCAGAAUGGACGGUGCAGCGUGGUUGAUCGGAUCCAGAUCGGGCGGUGUGGCGAAGUGGAGCGGGUCCAGAAUGGACGGUGCAGGGUGGUCGAGUGGGUUCAGAUCAGACGGCGCAGAUUGGUCCUCCCAGCCGCCGACGAUGCCGCUUGAGAGGACUCUGACCGACCCGCGGUGCUUAAGCUGGCUCGAAACCCCCGCCGGGAAUGGUGACUAUAUCAAUGGAAGAAGCGGCGGGCCGCUCGGCGAUCGACCUUGCGUCUACCACGAAGGGCGAGCCGGUCUAGGCGGCGCUGGAGGUGGUAGUACUAUGGGGGCGUCCUUAACUCGCAGCGCCAGUAGCACCGGGAUACCGGACUAUUCCAUCCAAUGGGCCCGCAGCGGCGGUGACGGCGGAUUUGGCGGCAGUGGUAGUGGCGGCGGCUGUAGCGGCGGCAACGGUGGCGGUAUAAUCGGCGGCGCUUGUCAUGUCAACAGCAGCGGUGUCGGUUAUGGCGGUUUUGGCGGCGGGAACAGCGGGGAUGCUGCAUGGGGCGGCGCAACAGUCGCUUGCGUCAAUCGCAGUGGGGGUGAUGCGCUAGGGGAGCGCGCACCAGGCUUAAACAUGGGGGAUCCCCCGUUUUGCGCUGAUGCGGGGAGCAACCAGACUCCCCCAGGCGCGGACCCGGGGAGCUUCCAGAAGCAGCCGUUCCGAAUGAACAGCCUCCCUCGCGCACGCGGGGUGCGCCUCCCGCGCGAUGAGACGGGGCCGGCCUUUAUCGAGUCAGCUUGUAGCGGGCCAGCCGUGGAUGGAAUGCAUUUCACCGAAAGUUUUGAGGAGAGGAGGGGGGUGGGCGAUGGACGGGAAGGUGCCGAGACUUACUCGCAGCCGAACUCAGGGGUUGGAAUGGUGUGCAGUGGAUCGGAGGGAGGAGCAGAGGGGGUUGGGAGGAUAUGCACUGGAGGGGAGAGACGAGCAGGGGGGUUGGAGGAGGUGCCUAGAUUCACUCGCAGCCGAACCGAGGGGAGGGAUGCUGGUGAUGGUGAUGGUGAUGGUGAUGGUGAUGGUGAUGGUGAGGGUAGCAGCGGCGGCAAUUGGGGGGUCGGUGUCAGACAAACUGCCCCAGGGAUUGUCGGCCACGGCAGCGAAAUGGGCUUUAAGAACGGACGUGGCCGCGGCAGUGCAGCCAGUGGUGGCAGUGGAAGCAGUGGCGGCAGUGGCGGCAAUGGCAGUGACGGUGGCGGCAGUGGCAGUGGUGGCAGUGGCAACGUCGGCAGAGGCGGCAGUGAGGGAAUGCGUGGCUUCACUAAGCACUUCGAGAGGCUCAGAGCUGCGAAACAGCGCGAGAAGGAGCAGCAGGUGGGGGCGCGGCAGGGGGGGGAACAGCAGGCGGGGGGUCAGCAGACGCAGGGGCAGCAGGGGCAGCAGGGGCAGCAGGGGCAGCAGGGGCAGCAGGGGCAGCAGGGGCAGCAGGCGCAGCAGGGGCAGCAGGCGCAGGGGCAGCAGGCGCAGGGGCAGCAGGCGCAGGGGCAGCCUCGUACUCAUUGUAAGUCACUGAGUGGGACUCUACAGCGGAUAGCAACUGUAGCCGCUGCUGCCUCUGCUGAUACUUCCGCUUCUGCCGCUUCUCCUUCCCCACUACUCCUCAACCCCGCCCCCCCUCUCUCCCACACUCUCUCGCACACUCCCUCGCCGACUCUCUCACCCACUCUCUCACCCACUCUAUCACCCACUCUAUCACCCCGCGCCUCACUCCCUCCCUCUUCCCCUACCCCUCUCAGCCCCUCGUCCUCCCCCUCAAUCCCGCCCCUCUCUUCCACCCUUAAAGCCUCCUCCUUACUCCGACGACCUGGCACCGUUCCCCUCGCUUCCCCUUCCGCCCUUCCCCGCGCCUCCCCCUCCGCCCUUCCCCGGACGCCCCACUCUUCCCCCAGAUGCCCCUCCCCCGAAUCCGCCUCCCCUGGCCUCCCCUGCCCGCGCUCCCACCCAGGCUCAAGUCAGGGCAAGCCUCGCACGUCCCCCUUGCUACGGUCGCUAGGCUCGGGUACUUUCGCCAACGUAUAUUCUUUUAGUCUGUGGCAAGAAGGGCACGAGGAGGAGGGGCAGGAGAGGGAGGAGCAGGAGGAGGAGGGGCUUUUGAGUCGACCGAAAGGCUCGGGUACUUCUAACAACGCGUACUCGUUUAGUUUGUGGCAGGAAGGGCAGGAUAAAGUGGGGCAGAAAAAGGAGGGCGGGCAGGAGGAAAAAGAAGGGGAGGAGCAGAAGGGGGAGAAGGAGAAGGUGCAGCAGGAGGAGCCGGAGGAAGGGGGAAGAGAGAGGAGCGAGAGGCGUGAGCAGCAGCAGCAGCAGCAGCAGCAGCAGCCAAGCAUCUCACCAGCGCGUCUCUCUAUCCGCUCCUCUCCCAAGAUCCGACCCUUGAUUAACCCCUCCUCCUCUCCAGAGUCCCCCAAGCCUCGGAACUACCCUCUGCUGCGCUCCCCUGGGUCGGUAACCCGCUUGACCCUUCAGCCGACCCAAAGGUCGCCUCCUCGCCUGUUGCGCUCCCCUGGCUCUGAAAGGCGCUUGGCCCUUGAGCUCACCGAAAGGUCGCCUCCUCAGCUUCUGUGCUCCCCUGGAACAGCCAGGCAUUUCACCCUGACUAGAAAAUCAGCCCUUGCGGGGCAGGAGGAGGGGCAGAACGGGCAGGUGGAAGCGAGAGAUGCGGAGAGAGGGGAGGUGGAAGGGGAAGAUGAUACGAAUGGAAUGGGGGAGAGAGGGGAGCGUGGACAGAUGGAGAGAGAGGGGGGGGAAGGGGGAGAGUACGAGAAUGGAGUGAGGGAGAGAGGAGUGGGGGUGAGAGAGGUGGAGAGAGUGGAAGCGGAAGAGCAGCGCACGCCCAAGGGGUUCUCAGGGUUCUUUGAGGAGCUCAAGAGGAAACGGCUUGCAGAGAAGCAGCAGCAGCAGCAGCAGCUCGCAGGCUUGGAAGCAGGCUCGGGGGCAGGCUUGGGGGCGGUCGAUGAGACAGGUUUGGACGAGAGGGGUGGUGAAAGAGGGAGGGACGAACAGGCCGAAGGACAAGUAUGCCCCCAUCCCCAUGCCCCUCCGCCCCGCCUUGACCCUUCCCAGCCCGGUGCCCCCUUGCAUCACCAGCACCACCAUCCCCUACCGACAGACGAACCCCUUCAUCAAGUGUCGUCUGAGUUUCCCCAUAGGGCCGACGGACCCCCUCGCCAUGCCCCAGGGCAGCAGAGCCAGGAUCUGCAGAACACGCUGCCCGGAUCAUUGUUGCGAUUAGGGUUGGUGGGGCUGGGAGCGGGGCUGGAGCUAGAUGCAGAGGGGCAGGAAGACGCAGAGGGGCCAGAGGAGUUUGGUUUCCAGGGGUCGCUGGAUGGAGGCGGCUAUAGUGCCACGUUCGGUAGGCCUAGCAGCAGCAGCCGCAUUCGCAGAGGGGCCAGAGGGGCAGAGGGCGCAGAGGCCCCAACGUCAGAAGGCGCAGCAGAGGAGCCAGAGGAGUUUGGUUUCCAGAGGUCGCUGGAUGGAGGCGGCUACAGUGCCGCGUUCGGUAGGCCUAGCAGCAGCAGCCGCAUCUGCAGAGGGGCCAGAGGCGCAGAGGGCGCAGAGGGCACCAAGACCCCAUCAUCAGAAGGCGCAGCAGAGGAACCAGAGGAGUUUGAUUUCCAGGGGUCGCUGGAUGGAGGCGGCUAUAGUGCCACGUUCGGUAGUCUCAGCAGCAGCAGCCCUGGCAGCAACACGUUUAGUGGGUUCAGCAGCAGCAGCAGCAAUCACAGUACCAGCAGCACCAUCAGCAGCCACACUGCCCCUGCUGCCCUGUUUCCUCCAGCUGCUGCUGCUGGCCCUGCUGCUGCUGCUUCCAGUGACUUAGCUUCGGCUAGUGCAGGAGCAGCAGGGACAGGACGCAUCCCCAGGGCCACUACCAUCCAACGAGGUAACGCCUCCCCCAGACGCAGCCCUGCAGGUAACGCCUCUCCCAGACUCAGCCCUGCAGGUAACGCCUCCCCCAGGCGCAGCCCUGCAGCACCAGGCAUCGUUUCUUGGUCUGCUGGUGCUGGUGGUGCUGGUGCUGCUGGUGAUGCUGAUACUGCUGCUGAUGGUGCUGCCGACACUGCUGCCACAAGCAGUUCUUCCCCCCUCCCAGUCCAGGAAAUCUCUUUCUGCCUGGGAAUCGCGACCAAAGCAACAAAAACGGCGGGUACUGCUGGUACUGUUGGUACUGCUGGUACUGUUGGUACUGCUGGUACUGUUGGUACUGUUGGUACUGCUGGUACUGCCGGUACUGUUGGUACUGUUGGUACUGCUGGUACUGUUGGUACUGCUGGUACUGCUGAUACUGUUGGUACUGUUGGUACUGCUGGUACUGCUGAUACUGCUGGUACUGUUGGUACUGUUGGUACAGCUGGUUCUGCUGUUGGUGAUGAUGGUGCUGCCGAGAAUGCUGCUACUGGCCUUCCUCCCACGCUCCCAAUCCAAGAAAUCUCUUUCUGCCUGGGAAUCGCCGCCUACGCAACAAAAGCAGCAGACGCAGCAGGUGCUGUUGGCUCCUCGCCCCCCCGUUCCCCCAGGAGUUUUCCCAGAGAUAUCCCCAGGGGCAAUAGCGCAUCUUUUAAGAUGUGGACACCUGAGGUGGACCCUGAGGCGGCUCAGAAGAGCAGGAUAGAGAACCUGCAAAAGCACCUGAUGGGGCUUCAGGUGCACGGGCUUGUCACUGUUGCUGGUGAUGGUGGUGGUGAUGGUGGUGCUGUUGCUGCUGCUGGUGAUGCUGCUGCUGUUGCCACUCCUAUUGCUGCUCCUGCUGCUGACGUUGCUGCUGCUGCUGCUGGUGAUGCUGCUGCUGCUGCUGUCAAUGUAGCCUCUAGUGCAGCAGCACAAGCGCCACUAGCACGGACUUCAUCAGGGCGAGGCUUAGACGCCAAGCUGAGGGAUUUGGCUAGAGUAGCGUCAGCUGCAGCGACUGUAGUGGUGCCCACAGCAACGCUAACAACAGCUGCUAACCCUGCUGCUGCUGCUGGAAAUGUAAGGUCUGGCGCAGCAGCACAAGCACCACUAGAGCGGGCAGCAUCAGGGCGCGGCUUGGACGCCAAGCUGAGGGAUUUGGCCAGAGUAGCGUCAGCUGCAGCAACUGCAGCCAUGCCCACUGCAACAACAACAACAACACCAACAGGAGCUGCUAGCCCGGCUGCUGCUGCUUCUCCUGCUGAUACUCGUGCUGCUAACCCGGCAGCAGCUGCUUACCCGGCUGCUGCUGCUGCUUCUCCUAGGAGAAAGCUUGACACGUCAGCAGGAGGAGCAGCAAUGACACGAGCAUCCCCAGGGAGGGAUCUGGACUCGAGGCUGAGGAGUCUGGCCCGAGCGGCCUCAGUUGCAACGGCGACAGCAGCUGCAUCUACAGCAGCAGGAGCAGUGGGAGCACGGCCAGAGACGCUUGCAAGGGCACAGACAGCAUCAGCAACCUCUAUUGCAUCAACAGUAGCAGCAGCGGCAGCGGCUGAGAAAGCCCAAGGGAAGAGUGGUAAGACCAGCAGCAGCAACAUCAGCAGCAGCAGCAUCAGCGGCAGCAGCAUUGGCCAGAACGACUGGGGAAGCAAACGGAGUGUGGAAAAAGCAUCGUCCCUGCCCUCUUAUUCACCUACUCCCUCUUAUUCACCAACGUCACUGGGAGCUCUCGACUUAGUACCGUCCAACAAACCACCGAUUUCAGAGCUCGCUGCAAGCGGCGAUGACAGGUACUACAACCAGCAGCAGCAGCAGCAACACAACCACAAGCACCUCAACAACCAGCAGCAUCAGCAGCAGCAGCAGCACGAGAGGCAUGGGUUGAGGGAGCUCUCGAGCUCCUAUGGAGGGGAGAGUGCGUUCUCUGCAGAGUGGGACUCUGAAAGUGGCGAUCAUUUGAGUCACGUUCCCCGUAGUCACAGCAGGCGGCCAGAGGGAGGGGGAGGAGGGGGAGGAGGGGGAGGAGGGGGGGGAGGAGGGAUGAGCACCCUGAAGCAUUUAUUUGGGGCAUUGAGGCUCAAGAGGGCACCGUCUAGCAGGAGUGUGCGAUUGGACGUGAGGGAAACCCAGUCCCAUGAUCCGACAUUGGCUAGGCGCAAAUCCCAGUUCUCCUGAGUGCAAGAGGCCUUGCUUUGAGGCAUGUACUUGGGGUGUGGUGCUUUGAACCAGUAACUUGGGGUGGGGUGGUGAGGCUCAAGAGGGUCCCUUCUAGCAGGAAUGAGCGCUUGGACGUGAGGGAGACCAAGUCACAUGAUCCGACAUUGGCCAGGCACAAAUCCCAGCUCUCCUGAGUCCAAGAACCCGUGCUUUGAGGCAGGUACUCAAGGUGUUGGAGGCAGUUACUCCAGGCGGGUACUGAAGAGGCUCAAGAGGGCUCCUUGAAGCAGGAGUGUGCGCUUGGGUGUGGUGUGAGGGAGACCAAGUCCCGUGACCCCUUGCUGACUAGGCACAGACCUGAAUUUUUUUCAACAAAUAUAAAUUCUCCUGAGUGUUAUAACGAUCAGGUAACUGGGUUGCUGCAAGCUUGCGUACGAGGGAAAUAUCGUCAAGUUAUUCUCCUCCGUG